AUGGAGUUUUGUGAAUUAUCCACAACUGCCAGAUAAAAUGAGGGCUAUCCUGAUUGCUCAAGCGAACCCCAAAAAGGCGUUGACAGUAGUUAAUCAUAUUUGUUAGCAGCAGUUGUACGUAAAAAACGAACAUGGAGCCAAAUCAUUAUUACUGCCGGAGCGCCAUGCAGCAGAACUCCUCGACUUCCAUUCCGCAACAUUCGACGAAUAAACUCAACUAUGGGAUGAACAUGAAUGUGGGCCAGGACUAUGUGACAUGUAGCUCCGGCCAACCGCAAACGGGGUACAACUCCAAGGAUCUGGUGCCGCGCAAUGGGAACAAUAAGUCGCUCGGCGGAGGCGGCAACAUGGGAAGUCCGUAUGGAGGAUCCGUCUGCAGCAACAGUGGGCAAUGCAGCAAGAAUACUGCCAAUGCUGGGAACUAUAUCAACAUAAUGACUGUUCCAUUGGGAACUUUGCAGUAUAAUCGAAAGAAGCUAACUACUCAAGACUACGAAUCGCAUUUAUAUUACAACACCACGGAUGUCAAGUGUCGCGAUGAUUACUAUUUAGCCAAUAAUGCCGCAGCAGCAAUACCGCAGCACCAAGCUCACCAACCGCAACAGCAGCAGCACAUGCACCAGCAGCAACAUCAGCACCAACAACAGCAACAACACCAGCAGCAGCAGCAGCAACAACAACACCAGCAACAUCAGCAACACCAGCAGCAUCAGCAACACCAGCAACAUCUGCACCACCAGCAGCAACAGGCCAACUUUCUCCACAUCCAACAGUCGCUGCAGCACAACCACCAGCUGAGCCACCCAGAACCAAUCCAUCAGUUACCCCAAUUACAGAGCUCGGUGGCCGAUCCACCAGAUGCCUUCGACAACUGUGCGAUCUUCCCGAGCGCCGGAGGCGCCAGCAGCAAUGGUGGAGGACGUGUGGCCGCCACCCAAACGCAUCAGAAUAGCUCCAGUGUGGUCACGUGUGGCGACCAGCAGGUGCCUGUCUCUAUGGGAUCGGUGAAUAUGCCCGUUCCCCCGAUCAUGUACACCGUGCAUCGGGUGGUGACCACCGCCCAGAUCCAAACGGCGGUGGGCAGCACCUUCGCCUCCUCGGCCAGUGUCUCCAGUGUGGUCAGCACCGGCCAGAACGAGGGCGACUGCCUGUCGCCGGCACAGGUGUCCUCCGCCAUGGCCGCCUCCGGUAAUGCCCAGUGCCUGGGAGGACUCUCCGACAUGGGCGCCAACAUGAUGAACAACGCAAGUGCACUUUGUCCCCUUUCCGACCUGAGGAGUCCAUCUGGAGUGCUCACCAAUUCCUCGUUUAUGCCACAACACCACAAAUGCAACAAUGGCAACGAUGCCCAAUCCAAUCCUGCAAUCCAGAAACGCCUAAUGGCGACCAGCUCAACUUCGAAUUUUGCAAAUGCUGGCAAAGCCGCUGCCAAUCUAACCCGUGCUCUCCAAAACGUAAUCCCCACAUGCGUAUAUCUUAUGUCCCGGGUGGCGGUUCACAUGGAGAUCGAGGGCACGGCCCAGUGUCCAUCGCAGGUGAUGUUGGCAGCUGCGCUGGGAUGCGAGGAACUGGGGAUAUCCAACAAAUUGCUGGCACAGAGUGUCUUCGGAUUGUGGAUGACAAGUGCUUUGCUGGAAAUGCAGCUGAAGGCCCAUCACUGCCCCUAUAUCGUGCGAGUCGCGUGGCCCAAUUUGCUACAGAAGUUCAGCAAUAGCAGUCCCAGUGAUCGGAAGUUUGACGAACCCAUGAUCGUUUUGAAGCGAAACGUUUUCUUUUCGAAACGAGACGAAGAGAAAAUUAAGGAUCAUCGAAUCUUAGAGCUCCUUUACGAAGAGGCCAGAAAUAAUGUGCUGACAGGAAGGUAUAUUAUGGAACCAGUGCAUUCGCUUAUGUUGGGCGGCAUUCAGGCACGAAUCGAACUGGGUCCCUACAAUUCCCACACCCAUACAAUAGGAUUCUUUCGGGAAAAUCAAGCUAGGUUUUUGCCACCACACGUUGCCAAGAGUUCUACUUGGUUAUGGCUACCAAUAAGUCAGAAAAAUUCAGCAGAGGUUAAGCUUUUGGAGCAGUUUAAACGGGUUCCCCAAACAGCUACCACCAGAAAGUUGAUGAGAAAAUACCUGGAAUUUUGCUGGGCUCUACCGUUCUAUGGUGCCGCCUACUUCCAUGGACAAAUAGAACAGCCUGUUAGGGGAAUCAUGGCAUUGGUCAACCAAAAGGAUAUGGAGGUUCUGGUCGCAGUCAAUGAAAAGGGAGUUUUUAUAAUAGAUCCGUACGAAUGUACUCUGAUGCUGGGAUUGCGUUACGAGGAUUUGUCUUGGGAUUACGCAAAGCCAAGUGCAAGUGAUGAUCCCGAAUGCCUCACUUGUAUAUUUUUGCAGUUCGAUGCGGUCGAGAACGGAAUACAAGUAUCGAAGCUGAUGCAAAUAUUUUCAAAGCAAGCUGCCAUGAUAGACGCACUUAUAUCACAUUUUACGGAUCAAAUAAGAAACAGAAAACAAGAGGGUAACACCCAAGAACCUUUUCACGAUGAGCCAAAUCCAAUUCAAAAUAAUGGAAAUGGAGUCUUAUGCAAUAAGCUGUCUCGAUUAACUUUGGCCACCUUCGAUGAGGAGGGAGGUCGUUGCAUUGGGCAAAUGGGAUCAUUAUCUAUAAGCUAUUAACAUUUGUUACUAACGAUAAAAUAAAUUUAAGUUAAGGGGUGUUAAAUAAAGGUUCACGCAUAUAUUCACGAUUGUUGAUAAAUUCCCAUAAAUAUACUCACAAGUAAAUUUUUAGCAAACGGAAUCCACAUAUUCACAGUCAUCUUUAUAAUGCAUUUAAAUUCAUUUAAUAAUUUUU